AUGAGUGAGUACUGGACAGCUCAGUCUCUUAUCUUGAAGCCUGUGAACUCUCUCCCUUGUGAGCAGCACUGUGGAGGCACAGACAGGGGAAUUCCCCCGCUGGUCUCCUCUAACAAACAUUACUUUUCCUAUCCACUGUCACUCAUUCAGCUCGGGCUUCUUCAAGAGACAAUAACCUGUGAUACGACUGAGAGUGAGAGUGUGUGCACCAUGGAUGUUCUUAUGCCCUCCAUGCUAGGGGACGAUCCACACCUAAUGGCUGAGCCGGCAAUCCAAAUCUUCGAGCAGCCCAAGCAGAGGGGAAUGCGCUUCAGGUACAAGUGUGAGGGUCGCUCAGCCGGAAGCAUCCCCGGCGAGAAGAGCUCUGACAACAACAGGACCUACCCCAGUCUGCAGAUCCUGAAUUACUGCGGUAAAGGGAAAGUACGUGUUUAUUUGGUGACGAAGAACGAGCCAUACCGACCGCAUCCACACGACCUGGUGGGGAAGGACUGCAAAGACGGAUUUUAUGAGGCCGAGUUUGGUCCAGACCGCAGAGUGAUCGCUUUCCAAAAUCUGGGGAUCCAGUGUGUGAGGAGGAGGGAAGUGAAAGAUGCUAUCGUACAGAGGAUGACCAGAGGGAUCAACCCCUUCAAUGUGCCACGUGAGCAGCUGCUGCAGACAGAGGAGUACGACUUGAACGUGGUUCGACUGUGCAUCCAGGUUUUCCUGCAGGACGAGAAUGGCCACUACACCCGAGCACUCAACCCCAUCGUCACCAACCCCAUCUACGACAACAGGGCCCCAAACACAGCAGAGCUGAGGAUCUGUCGGGUCAACAAGAACAGUGGGAGCGUCAAAGGAGGGGAUGAGAUCUUCUUACUGUGUGACAAAGUACAGAAAGAUGACAUUGAGGUGCGAUUCUUUUCCUCCAAUGGCUGGGAGGCUAAAGGCUCCUUCUCCCAGGCUGAUGUUCAUCGCCAAGUAGCCAUCGUCUUCAAGACUCCUUCCUACUAUAACACCUCCAUAACAGAGUCUGUCACAGUGCACAUGCAGUUGCGCCGACCCUCCGAUCAGGAAGUCAGUGAACCUAUGGAUUUCAGAUACCUGCCAGACGACAAAGAUCCAUAUGGCUACAAUGAGAAAAAGCGCAGAAGAGAGCACUUGAUGAAGAUAUCAGGAUUGACAGGUGGUCCUUUUGUUGGUCUAAGUAUGAACAGGCCAAAGGCAGUGCCACAGAGUCACAUAAGUCACAUGCGGAAAGACCUCAACAACAUGUACCCGAGGCAACAGCCCACACCUUCGAUGCAGCAUCAACCUGGUUUAUUCAACCAGCCCUAUCAAACUGGCCCUCAGAAUGUAAUGAUGACAUCACAGGCUCCUAAUAUAUCAGUCAGCCAAACAUGGACAAAUCCCAACCCAACAAUCUCAAUGGAUACAGUCACCAUAAACCAGUCUGGUGCCAUGAGCAAUCUACCACAUCCUAAUAGAAGUGGCCAACAGCAGGCAAACCGUGGAUCCAGUUACCCCAACAGAAUGGAGCACAAUACCCUCCCUCAGCUCUCCAUAAGGGACCUACAGUGCUUGGAUACAGCUCCCCAAGCCGCUGCAAUAAGCCAGAUGGAGUCCCCAUCCCUCUUCCUCCUGCAGCACCAAAGGGAGGAGCUCGGGUCUGAGACCCGGUCCCAGAACCAUCUAGGCAACCAGAACCAGGGUAUCCAGACUGUUUGGCCCAAUUUUACUACCCCCAGUCCAGUCCAGAACACCUUUACUGGGUCAGUAUCUGGAGGUGGAGGGGGGUCACAGGGGUUGGGCACUUUCUCUUUCCUAGGGGGAAUAGAAGGGGACGAUUUUCUGAAGGACCUGGUGGGGUCUCAGACCAGCUUCCAGCUGAAGCAAGAGCCCCAAAUCACAGUGGGACAAGAGAGCCAUGCUUCUCUCAUGCAGUCACCAAGGGAAAGCCAAGAAAAUACCUACACCAACUUGCUUCCUCGUCCCGUGAGCAACUGCAACAACAUGGAACCAAUGAGGCAAGACGUUAGUGGCAACACCCAGCCGCUUAAAAAUCGACAUUAUCCUUACUCAAGCAAUGGCAUGGCCAAUGAAGGCCACUAUAACAAUUUGGAUGACUGGGUCAAAUCAACACGACAAAGUGACUAAAAGGAGUAACAUUGUUUGUAUCAAUGAACAGAAGCAGCUCCUUGCAGUACAUUGGUCUUGCUUAACCUUGCAAAGCCAGAGAUUUGGCUUCACCCAUUCUGGCCCAGUAAGACUUUUUGGUUGCCUGAUAUCAGACCAAAUUGACAUUUUGACUUUGAAAAAUAAGUUUCCAUUUUCCGACAUUGCAUCCACUCUCACAAAUUUCUGUGGGGGAGGAGGAUUCAAUUUUCUCGAAAGCAAUCACUAGAGACCAAUCUAGCCUGACUUUAACAUCAUUUUAAGUCUACACAUAGGGAGGCCAAAAUACGUGCAUUGCCAGGGUUUCGAGAUGUUGGGUGAGAUUGAGAAGACAUGGUGAUUUAUAACCGCCUUUACAGCAGAGUCUACCUUGUCUUCAGCACAUUGUUAUUAUAAGCUACUUCUCAUUCGUUUUGGGUAUUGGUUUAUUGACAGUGCUUGACAACAACUUGACAAUGUCAUUAAUCUUGUCUGUGCAGCUGAUUCGCUAAUCGCGUCCUCCUGCAGCAUUCAUUGGUUCUUUGGUCCUUUUUCAUUUUAAUUUAGAAACUGGCAUUUAAUGUCACAAUGCCUAACAAAUCGGUCAACUCAAACUUGGUGUAGUCAGUUGAUUCAAAGGUCUGGACUCAGGCAAGUUUAGUGGGCAGUUACUUGGGUUAUUGUAUCAGUCUGCAAACAAGCAAAAUUAUUGGCAGCUGUUUGGAUCGAUAACCAGAUAAAGGCAUUGUUUCUAGGCAGUACGAUCAAUUCUGCACUAGUUCCUACUUUUUAAAAGACAUCACCAAGAAUGCUUCCUACAACUGACUGGCCAACCAUGGUGCUUUGUAAACUGUCAUGAGUAUUUGCUUCCCAUUAUUACUCUGAAAAGACACUGUUCUCUUGAAAAUUAUCAAUCAGAUUUGAUUUCUUGGUAAAUUUAAGGCAAGACAACUUGUUCAAAGCCCAAGUUCACAAUUGUUGCACAAUGUUUUUCUGUACAGGCCCCAUACCAGCAUUUAAUCUAUAAACUUUUGGAUUGUUUCAAAAGGGCCAAGUUGCAUUGUCAUUCUCCCUUAGUCACUGAUUGGUUCAGCUUCCGGCUGCUGGUCUAAUGGACCUCAGUGGAUGUUCUUCCAAUUUCUCAAUUAAUCUCAACUUAACUAAAGCUGAACUCACAUGAGUUCAAUUGGUUUCUGCAAGGCGAAGACCUCUAUGUGGAUGAACCAUGCCUUAGUUUGUAAAGAUAACAAACAGCAUGCUGAUGGUUUCCAAGCCAAAGUUAGAUUUCCACAGAAUCGAAUGUACUACUUUCUUUCUUUGUCUCUCUCAGGUGAAGUUGGAUUCACUGUGAACAUAGUGUAUAGUUUUAAAUGUUUUGUUGGAGUAUUUGAUCUAGGAAAAAAAACACACAAGUUAGGGAUAUGACAAAGAAGUGGGUUGUUAGAAAGGGUUUACUUUUUAUUGUUUUGUAAAAGAUUCUUACAUAUUGUGCUUUUAUUGGUUUUUUAGCAGAGUAUUUGCUGUUAAAGGCGCUCUGUACAUAAAUAUUAGCCAUAGUUGAGAGUGAAAGCAAUAACUGUGCUGAAACCCUCAAGAACUGGCAAGGUACUGAAAUUUCCAUUGAGGAAGUGGAAGGCAGCACAUUGUGUUGUCUUUCCUUUGUAAUGACUAUGUCAUAACAGUGAUCACAUGUGUUAGACAGAGUUCUCAGAGCAUUUCUUCUAGAUGUUUUUAUUAAUGUCAGUUUUGUGUUUUUAUAGUUUAUUCAUUCAUUCAUUUGAGGCUUUUACUGAUAGCUUCACAGAGCGCUUUGCUCGCGGACUUUGUGACUGGACACAUGGCUGAUAAUGAACAAACACUGGCUCUUGUGCAGGUUUCAAAUCAGUGAGCAGCCUGCAGGCAUGUCAUUUUUUAUUUGUGUGUAUCCUAUUGGCUUAUUGGUUUUCAAUGAAAGCAAAUAUUUUGAUGAGUUCUUUGUAAGAUUUGCUAUUUUUGGAUUUUUCUACAAGAUCAGUUCUUAAUAAACAAGUCUGACUUAUUCCACA